AUGCGCAACCUUUUCUUCGUUCUGUAUCUGUGCGGCCUCGCGCACCUAGGCUUUCUUCUUGGGAAUGCCUCGCCUCCACCGCAGAGGGGUGGGCGUCAGCGACGCCAAGAUAUUGUCCGCGACGUGCCACUCCUGAUUGACUAUCCGGGACAGACCCUUUUACCAGCGAUUGAGGACAUUUUGUUCCUCAAUCUCACGAAUGGCUCCUUCAUCACCACGGACAAUAUCCAGGGGGACAUUCUUAUCGGGAUGAAGAAACCAAAGGAAACGUUCCUGUUCUUCCAUAUCAAUGAUGCAGCAACCUUCAAGUCUGUCCUGAAAAAUAACAUCUACCCGGAAAUCACGACGACCACGCAACUUAUCUCGCCCCCAUCGGCGCAGCCGCUGGCCCUCCUCAACAUUGCUUUCACCGCGUCCGGGCUCGAAGCGUUGAACGUGCUCGAUCCCCUUGGGGAUUUGGUGUAUCCUGGUGGGCAGUACGCAGACGCUGGCGACCUUGGCGAUGUCACUAGCAAUUGGGAGGACGCGUUCAAGGGAACGGACACACACGGCGUAUUCCUGAUCGGUUCUGACCAAAUAACGUAUGUGAACGAUUUGAUUGACGACAUCCUGUCUUGGCUUGGACCAGCCAUAACUGUGCGCGACCGCAUUGACGGCGCAGCGAGGCCCGGUGCGGAGGCAGGACAUGAACACUUCGGCUUCCUUGAUGGCAUUAGUCAGCCUGGUGUCGGAGGAUUUGUCACGAAUUUGAUGCCUGGACAACAACUCGUCCUUCCGGGUACCAUCCUGACCGGCCACCUGGGAGAUGUCGGCCUUCGGCCGCUGUGGGCGAGAGAUGGCAGUUUCCUCGUUUUCCGUAAACUUCAACAAUACGUUCCCGAAUUUAACAAAUAUUUGCAAGACAAUGCCAUUCAGCAUCCAGGGCUUUCGCCGGCCCAGGGAGCUGAAUUACUAGGUGCUCGCAUGGUUGGACGAUGGAAAUCUGGAGCUCCCAUCGAUCUGUUCCCUACUGCGGACAACCCGGCCAUCGGUGCUGACCCAACUCACAACAACGAUUUCACGUACAACCAUCCUCUUCCGUUCCUACUCCCCACCGAUCAGACAUACUGCCCAUGGACCGCUCACAUCAGGAAGACGCGUCCCAGAGCCGACGAGGUGGAUGUCAAAGCAGGAAUUCCGUAUGGUCCCGAAGUUACCGCAGAUGAAGCCAAAUCAAAUACUACGAAGACGGAUCGCGGCCUGGCCUUCGUUGCCUACCAGAGCAAUAUCGCCCUUGGGUAUCGUUUCCAGCAAACCCUUUGGUCAAAUUCCCAGAUUUUCCCGCCAGCGAAACUCGAUCUAUCACCCGGCUUCGAUCCAUUGAUUGGCCAGAAUAGCGGAGGCACUCGUACUGCUGGCGGCCUUAACCCUUAUGACCAGACGAGGGACUACGUGCUGAAGGACUUCAUUGUUAGCCGUGGUGGAGACUACUUCUUCUCGCCCUCGCUUUCCGCAAUCCAUGAUGUGAUCAGUGCGUGA